AUGGGAACUCAGCCUCAAUCAAGACUGGCCAUUGCCGGCGUCCUUUUAACUUUCCAGGCGCUUCUCUUUGUGUCACAGUAUCUCGUCAGUUUGCAAUAUCACCGGAAGCGAAAGUUUCUCCCUGGACCUGCUGUCCUCCAGUCUCUGAUAUUCCCAAUCUUUGUUGCCGUUUUGGGGAUUAUCCUCAUCGCUGUCAUGUUUCACGGCAACGAUACCAAUACCAUGUUCAAUGGCAACGAUUCUAAUAAAACUUGUAAGGCCGAGAUCGACGAUGAUAUUGCCGGGCCAGGCAUUCGUGCUGCUGCAUGGGCACAACUUGGAGUCUUACUCUUUCUGGCACUGGUUGGAAUCUUCCACACCAAAACAACUGGAAUCAAGGAGUUCGGAGCUAGUUUGACUAUUACGCACCUCUCACUGGUCAUCGCCCUUCUUUUCGAGCUACAGGAUCUCAAGGCGACUGACGCCAUCCUCGGCUCGAUGAUACUUGAUUCUCAGAAUAGCGCACUCUCAAUUCCGCUGGUCACGAAGGCAACUCUGGCAGCCCGCUGGCAAGUCUGGACUAUUGUGCCUUGCCAAGCAUUUGGGUUGGCAGUUCUUGGAGUUUUGGUUCACAAAUUCCACCAGAACCACUUCAAACUGGAAGCCUCCUGCAAGUGUGUGUCUGUUGUAUGGUGGGGCCGGCUGCAAGUCGGAACGGAGAAACACUGCACUUCAGGCUCGGAACAGACGGUCUUCUGGCUAUACUAUGCCUGUAGAGUCUUGAGCGUCGCCCAGAUUGGUUACCAAGCUCUCGUAGACACUGGUGCGUUUCACAAGGCGGAAAGGAAGGACAACUUGGUGAAGAGCAAAAUGUUUCACCCACUGUCUGAUAGCCACUCAGGUCUCAAAGAGUUCCUUCAGAAACUGCUGAGAAUCAGUGGGAAUACAUGGAGGUUUACAGAAUACCCGACGACUUUAUCGCUCACAUUUCUCGUGAGUGGGGUCUUUGCGGUGGCUUCCAUGAGUGCAGCGGAGGCUGCGAUGAAAAGAAGUUUUGGCCAUCAGACAGAUAAGUUUACACCCGGUCAAAUCAUCUCUGUGGUGGCUGCCAUCAUUGGUAUUAUCAUAGGAGUUUGGAGGUUCAUCCGUCUAUUUCUAAAGUCGGAACAACCCUGUACACGACAUGAAGGGAAAUGGAGACGUUGGUUCCUCACCAGCUCGCUUACAAGCUCGUAA